AUGUGGAUAGAAUCUAUACCUCUUAAAGGGACCACCGGGGAGGUGAUCUCGGCUUUUAUCAAAGAUCAUAUCAUUUUUUGUUUUGGAAUCCCUAUGUAUAUCAUUUCCGACAAUGGUUCACCUUUUGUGAAUGGUGAUGUGAAAAAACUUCUGGAGGCUUUCAGGAUCCGAAAAAAGGUAUCAACCCCCUACUACCCGCAGGGAAAAGAGCAAGCAGAAUCUUCGAAUAAAACACUACUUCGCAUCUUGAGAAGGAGCCUCUAUGACAACAAGAGAACAUGGCAUGAAGAACUACCACUUGCAUUAAUGGCUUAUAGGAUUGCCAAGCGUACUUCAACCGGAUCCUCCCCAUAUAGCUUGGUGUAUGGUGAAGAUGUUAUUAUACCAGCGGAAGUCAUUAUAGCUUCAGCAAGAAUACUGUCAUCUAGCGGUGUCGACCUCGACAGCCAGCGUAUUCGAUCGCUCGACAUGAUAGAUGAGCGCCGAGAUAACGCGGAAAGAAAACAUUAG